AUGGAAGUUCUGGUGCCCCUACCUCUGGAGGAAGGGCUGGGAGGCGGCCCCUGGGGCCGUUCUCCUCCGGACAGGACUCCCGAGGGUCAAGGGGAGAGGAAAUGGUCUGACCGCAGCUCCACAAGUAGCUCGCACCUCUGGCUGCCUCUGCUGAGCCUGGCCUCCUGCCCCUCACACACGGGGCUUUGUGCUGACUCUCACACGGCUGUCAGCACAGUGACGGCAUUCUGCUGUGCUGUGCAUGCUUCAGGCUUGGCAGCCACUGAAAACUCAGUUCUGAAACUGGAUAGAAAGGGUAGAGCAGUGUCUGAUGCAAACCCUGGGCAGGAGGAGCUCCCAGUGCUAGAGGAGCACAGGCUUGCUGCAGAAUCCACUCCUAUCUUGGCUGAUUAUGGCUUCAGCAGACCAGUUUCACUGACCAUGUACAUCCCAUUCUGGUAG